AAUGAAUUGAAUAAUUUAGCUAAGAGGAAAAUGAGACAGAGAAGUGACUAAGCAACCAACAACAAAACAGAGAAAGAGGUGAGAGAUCAUUGAUACGAAUCGCAACCAUUUACUUUUUUUUUUUUUGUGAAGCAAUCGCAACCAUUUACUAACUUACCACCGCUUUGAGUGGGGCCAACAUCAAUAUCCAUUGGACACCGUUAACAACAACCACAUUGCACAUGAUAAUUGGAUGGGCCCCAUAUUCCUCAUAACGAACCACCUCUCUCGUUGUUCUUUCUUUCUUUCUUUCUCUCUCUUGAUAUGAUUGAACAGAGAAUAGAAACCACUUUGUCCCUUCCCAAGAUCUAAUCGCAUUUCUUACUUUUCAACCGUAAUCUUCAACUUCUCUUCUUCUCUUUGCUUUCACUUCAGGCUGGCUGGCUGGCUCAAACCUGAGUGUGAAAGGAAUUAAUUAAUGCUAACAAAAUGAUGAACAAGAAGCCAAAUUGGUUUUCCAAUGUGAAGAAAGCUCUUAGCCCUGACACAAAGGAAAACAAAAACCAGGCAAGAAGAGCAUUGAGGGCUUUAAGGGGGCUGGACAGGUUGAGAUCGCUAAUGGAAGGGCUAGUUGUGAAACGUCAAGCCAUUAGUACCCUUCGCUCUAUGCAGACUUUAGGUCAUGUGCAAUCCCAGAUUCGUUCGAGGCGGCUCAGGAUACUAGAGGAGACUCAAGCUCUGCAAAAACAGCUCUUACAGAAGCACACAAAAGAGCUAGAGAUACAGAUUGGGGAGGAAUGGGAUGAAAGCAUACAAUCAAGAGAACAAAUUGAAGCCAAGUUACUAAGCAAGUACGAGGCUGCUAUGAGAAGAGAAAGAGCAAUGGCUUAUUCAUUCACUCAUCAGAAAAAUGGGAGGAAUUCAUCGAAAUCUAUAAAUCCUAUGUUCACGGAUCCAACCAAUCCUGCUUGGGGAUGGAGCUGGUUGGAACGUUGGAUGGCGGCCAACCAAAGCCUGAUGGAAAAAGAGAAAAAUUCAUCUGCAAAAAGUUCAAUCAGCGGGAUCACCAGUGCUGAAAUCAGCAAAUCAUUUGCUCGUUUCCAGCUCAAUUCUGAAAAGCAUUCUCCAACAGCCAGCCAAAAUCCGGGUUCGCCUAACUUCCAGUCCAUUCCAAAGCCUCCCAAGCCAACAGUCGGUAAGAAACUGAACAAGGCAAGCCCAAAGGAAAGCUUUAUUAUGGACAAUGAUACCAAAAGCAUGACGAGUGUGCAGUCAGAGAGAGUCCGGAGGAGGCACUCCAUUGCUGGAUCAACAGUGAAGGAUGAUGAAAGCCUUGCAAGCUCUCCAUCAGUUCCAAGUUACAUGGUGCCAACUAAAUCUGCAAAAGCUAAGUCUAGGUUGCAAAGUCCAUUAGCUGCAGAAAAUGGAACACCAGAGAAAGGGUCCUUUGGAAAUGCGAAGAAACGUCUCAAUUUCCUGGCUUCGCCUGCUAGAUCAAGGCGCCAUUCUGGUCCACCAAAAGUAGAAAGCAGCUUAAAUGCAGAAAUCACCGUUUGAAAUGGUGUGGCUGGUUGAUUAUAUAACCAGAAAUCACCUCAUUAUCAUUGAAAUUUCCAUUUUUUUAUUUAUCCAAAUUUAUGUGUAACUUAUCAUUUCUUCAAAGCUGUUGAUUUGGGGUGGGGGGGUGGGCAAAAACUGCUUCCUUAGUGUGUUUAUGUAUUUGUAUUUUCUGUAUUUAUUUGUUCACAAAUGUGGUCCAUGGUGGUAAUAUGACAGAAGAACAAGUCAGGUGUAAGAAAUCAUUUGGGAGCUUCCCAUUUCGGACUAUUAUCACUCUGUUUCCUUGAUUAUUGUGAAUUUGUGAUAUAAAAUGUAUAUUUGAUUUUUGUCUCA